AUGAGCACCCCAGAAAAGGACUUCAUAAAUAAAUUUGUAGCUCUGGCUACUUUACAGCACUCAGGGCUCCCUUCCGACACUAAAAAACCGCUACAAGAUGUUACAAAUCUGGGCGUUGCAUUGCCAGCCUUGCGGUACAAAUAUAACCAUAAAAGAGUCAAAAGAAGCGAAUUAGUAGAGUCUGAUGCGGCUUCCACGGUACAGCUGCGCCUAAAAUCCAUCAGAGCGCCGAAAUUUGUUCAUACCAAGGAAUUUUCCGUCUCGCAGACCAUCCAUCAAGUUAAACGCUUUUUGACAGAGGUCGAAGAGGCAAUUGAGGAUCCUUCGCAAUUGAAGCUACUGUUGAAGGGUAAAGUUCUUCACGACAAUGUGCUAUUGUCGGAUUUAAAGGCUCAAGAAGCCGAUUUGGUCGUCAUGGUCUCGAAAUUUGAAAAGCCAGUUAUUGCUGCUCAACCAGACAUUGCACCAGCCGCAUUCGAAAUUCCCUGGCAUAAGAUCAAGGCACUGUUGAGCGCGGAAAUCUCGGAUGCGGAGGCCGCUGCGACCGUGUUUCAGCGUCUCCAGAAAGGUUGGCAACUCACUGAACCUUCAGACCUGGAUUGA